AUGUCCGCCUUACCCGGACACCUCACCCCAGCCAAUCCCCAGCCUCCACCUGAGCUCCGCCGCCUCCCGUGGCCAACGGGAGCGCGCCACGCGCCGUCCCGCGCGUCUCCGCGCCGCCGCCGGCCCGCGUGCCCGAAGCAGGCCCUCGGAGCCCAUCCGCCGCCGCCCGCGCUCCGAGCGCCACGCCGCCGCGCUCCGAGCGCCCCACCGCCGCGCCCCGCGCUGGCGUCCCGUCGACGUCCGGCCGCCCCGCCUCCGCCGGCCUCCAGCCGCGCCGCUGCCCCUCGGCCUCUUGCCUCACGCGCCUCUCCUGAGCGCCGCUCGCCGCCUCCGGUCGCCGACCACCGCCGCCUCACCUUCCCGUCGCCGACCCCGUGCCGCCCCGCGGCCGGUCCCCGGCCUCGCCGCCGGCCGCCGUCCGGCGCCCGCCUGCGCCGCGGCGUCCCCCGCCGACCCGCUGCUCCGAGCUCCGGCCAGAUCUGCUCGCCCCCCGCGCUCCGGCCUUCUUCCCCCAAGCUCCGGCCACUUCUCUGGCGGAGAUCCGGCGAGAUCCGCCGCCGCCUUGGGAUCCGUGCCGCGGUCAAACCCCAGAUCUGA